AUGGCAGGUUUCGACUUCAAUAUCAACAUGCGAGUGGUGGUUACCGUCGCUGGUGCUCCGGCCCCGGAACGAAAUGACGUGACAGCACAGAGCCUUGAAAACAACGCCCCUUUCAGCUGCAGCAAAAUCAUCGCUGUCAAGGAGGGAGCAAAAUUUUCGAUUCUGGCUUCUCGUGGCUCAGGGAUUUGUCGACUCCUUGCCAAGAACGAGGGGCUGAUGGUGCUGAUCCAUCUUGACGACACUGAGGUUCUUCGGCGGUUGUAUACGAAGACCGUGAUCGAUGCCCGGUCAUCGCGCCGAUUCCCCAUGGAGUUCUUUGGAGUGACGGGAGUGGACAGUGGAGGCCGACAGGUCUUGCAGCCUUUCAAGUUUGCCACGGCUGGGAAAGAUGGCAGCGCGAUUCGAGGUACCAUUCGCCUUGAUUUAUACAUCGUCAAGCUACUUGGUUCGCCGGAGAGAAUGCGACUCGACGACAUGACUGCACUCGGAUUAUCAGCUCAGACCAAACACUUGGGACCUGGGAAGAAAGUCAAGAAACCCCUGGCGGCGGACACAUACGACGUGAAGCGGCUCAACUACGAGCGUCCUAUCGCCCGGUUCAACUUCAGAUAUGGUCCAAGAGGAAAUUUACCCUUACACAGGCCCAAGGACAACAACGAGAACAAUCGCGGUGAGGGCUUGAUCAGCAUGUCCAAGAAUUCAGCUCUUUCAAAGCAGGGAUCAGGCGGAAUCAGAGGCGCUGCCGCCAAGAACCCCUCCUCUUCAUUGCCUGCGAAGCUUCGUGGUCUGCCGAGAGCCCCUGCACAGACACAGACAACCGCGGGUACGAAAUCUGCCUCGACUACUACUGCCUUACCCGGCAAGGGAGACAAGCUCGACUCUCAGCUGAACAGACGAGUCAUUCCCAUCCGACCCAAGCUUCCACAGCCCGCCGCGGAGGAGCAGAAGCUUCGGAGAGAGAUACCGCAUGACGAAGCCGUCUUGAUUCAAGGAACUCGGUCGAAAGACGCUCAACUCGGCAGAAAGAGGUCUGCCGCGGUGGCUUUCGGCAACGACUCACCUUCUAGACCCAAGAAGUUUCUCGCUACCUUUACAUACUGA